AUGUCUUCGAAAUCGAAAAGACCGGCGCUCAACGAGCUCGACAACCUAAUGGACGGUAUCGAAGCGUUCAUCGGGAACAGCGGUGCUCCUGACGAUGCUAGGAUUGAAGCAAGCGGUGAAGGUGAUUUUGGUAAAACUCUUUUGUAUAGCGAAUCAAACAUUGAGAAUCUAGAGCCAGAUACGGCAAAAGAGGAGAGCUUUAACGAGCGGAGAGCGAAUGGAAAUCUCGAGGCCGAGAAUUUGUCAAUUGCUGGUUCCGAAACUGAGAUUGGGCAUCAAGAUACCGAUAAGAAUCUGGUUACGGAACUCAUUGACAUAUCGGCUGUGGAAUCCAAUAAGACUCCGUUUUCUGAAGCCAAUAAAAUUGAAGUUACCGUCCCGAAAGGUGAACACAAGAAUACGGCUGCGACAGGGCAUCAAGUGGAGCUUGGUCAAGACCCGCUCACAAAGAAAGAAGACAAAAAUGAGGCAAGUGCAUUGAAUAUUAUAGCUGAUUUACGGGCAGAAGAAACUGAUGAUUAUGAUAGUGCACAAGUCGAACCAUUGUCCACGAAGAAAGCGGUUGAUGUACAAAAAGAUGCGACCAAGAACUCCAAUCUAGCUUCUCCACAGCAGGAAAAUGGUUCACCGAUUGAUGAAGUAACUACGCCCCACGUCUCCAAAACAGCGACUCUACAGCAGGAAAUUAGCUCACCCUUUGCUGAAGAAAGUGUGGUCAAUGUUUCGGACUCGGCAUCCACCCAGCACAACGAAACUAGCCCACCCAUAGAUCAAAAAACUGCCGUCAAUGUCUUAGAUUCAGCGCCUACACAGCAUAGAACUAAUUCACCUAUUACCGAAAAAAUUGCCUCGAACGUCUCCAACCCGCCAUCUCCACAGCGCAAGACCAACUCAUCAACUGUUGAAAAGGACGCGUUACAAACGCUCUCGACUCAGUCCGAAGCAGAAAAGGAUGUUUCGGAGAACACGAAAGCCAUUCCGGUAGAAGUAAGCUCAUCUCAAAAAAUUGAAUUACCGGCAGGAGUUCCAUCGCAGUCAUUGGCAUCACCUAAACCUGAAAAUGAAGAGGUUGCCUCGCAGGUGUCCCCACAAGGGUCUGGUCUCGUCACAUUGAAAAACCUUGCCGAAAACGCCACCCUACCGGAAAAGGAGACUAGCUCGAGAGCCCAGAAACAGGGUCUCUUUACGUUGGAAGAACUAUCUAAACCCAAGCAUCCCGCAGAGGUUCCUGUUGAUGAAGACGAUGAUUCCAUAAAGCAGAAUGAUUUGAGCAUCGAGGCACAAGCUUUGCCCCUGUCUCAGAGUCAAGAGAACUCACAAGAGCCAUUGCAGGAAACAAUGCAGGAAACACCACCUUUCAUCAAAGGCGACGAAAAGGAACCGGAAGAUGUCCGUAAAGCUCCGGGUUCUCUUUUUUCUCUCAGUGAUCUGCAUCCGGGGACUAGGGAGAUUUCCCUGAUUGAUCCUGGUUACAAGAAUUCUCUUUCGUCACCUGGGGACGGAUCUAUUGUGACGUUAAAAGAUCUGGCGGGAACAAGAUCGGAUCAACCUGCUGAGGAGCCGGCAGAAGAUGCUUUGCAAGGUUCACCGCCAAAUGAGGACGACAACCUUGAUGAGGCAUCUGCGGCGGCAAAGGCAACUGUGGCUCGUGUAACGGCAGAAAUUGAAGAUCUGCUACGGGAAAUGCAAGAGGACGAACCGUCUAAAGCUCCACAAGUUUCAUCUUUCAUACCAGCCGCUCAAGAAUCCGCAGCGACAAAAGAAAUUCGCGAGCUGCUCAAAGAUGAGCCUGUCUACGUGUAUACGUCUUUGGCCGGUGGUGGUUAUCUCAUGCCUUCUCGCACGAAUCGCUUAGCCCAGAUCUUGACCGCUAACCAGGUCACGUUCACAUACCGUGAUCUUGGUACUGAUGACGAGGCCCGGCAAGUGUGGAAACGACAUGGGCGGGGACGCAGUCUUCCUGCCGUGGUACGCGGUAGAGAUGACAUUGUCGGGAACUGGGAAGAGAUGGAUGACGCCAACGAAGAAUACCGUGUGCGUGAGCUAAUCUACGAAACGCUCUGA